UGCUCGGCCUUGUAGUUUGCUGUACGUGUUUGCGUGCAAGUCAGUUUGUCUCUGCAACCUAGUAUAAAAAAAACUUUAGUUAACGUAGGCGAUCGCUUCUGUGGAAUUUACUUCUGAGUCUUUGUGAGUGAUUAAAUGUAUUAACAUGUCGUGCCCUCAGCUUGACGCUUCUGUCUUCCUCACUAGACACUUUCGCGGGGCUUACGCAGCCGGGAGUUCGUCACGCAUGAAACUAACAGCCCACUGCAGUUGCCCAUGGUUAUAGUCUACGUGUAUCACCAAGUGCAGCAUAAGUGAAGUAACAGCGCAUAUCUAGACAUGUACACAGUGUCGUUGUUAUUGUUGUUGUGUAGUUCAGUGCUCCGAUUUUCAACUUAGUGUCUUUGUUGUUGAUCUUAUAUUGUCAUUACAUAUUCUCCUUGGUGAAGAUUCAGUGAUGUCAGUACUAGUGCGCGGUUGACUGUGCUAUUUUUAUUUUAUCUCUAGUAGCAGACUAGGGUACAAAAGGAGUUGUGAAAUUAGUAAGUCAACAAAGUAGUGACACACCUGAACUACCUUCAAACCAUUAUAUGCGUACGGUGGAUGUACAAGCGAAGUAAGAAGUGGAGCGGGUGGCUCCAUGAGAAAAAGUGCCACCAUUUCUCUGCGAUGACCUCAAUACGAGCCGUCUAGCAAAGCUGUCAGUUUUGGAGGUAUAAUGUGUCUACUUCCAGGUCCAUUUAGUACGAAUAUUGUGUUUAAACAUAUAAACACUUACACACGUGUGUAUAUAUAUAUAUGAUAUAAGAAAUACAAUUUUGUAUCAUAAUAUACGACAAACGCUAUUUAGAGAGUGUGUUUAAGGUGGUCGUAAUGAUGUACUACAUCCACACUAUACCGCAGUUGCAGCUGUCUGACAGUCACGAAAGUAUUGCCAUCUGAUAGUGACCUCUUUUCUACAGCCCAAUGACCGAAACGACUAGCACCAGCGGUCAACUAUUUAAUUAGCUUUGUACAUCAACAUAUUACCACUGUACCUCUGGUUUCCUCUCAUUAAUCGUAAGGUAAGACACGACAACGUAAAUACCAUCUGCUGCCCGUCUAUCCGUGCAAGAGAAGAGCUCAGACGGCCUAUCUGGAUUGGCGGAAGAGGUGGGGCAGCAGAGCGGAGGUGGGCUGGCGAAGCAGUAGCAACAACAGCAGUAGGGCUUAUCAAGGUCAAGGAGAGAGGUGGAAGAAGAGAGUGGCUGCGCUUGCCUCGUUCACUGCUUGUAGCUCCGUGUCUGCGUGCAUGUUUGAGUGUGUACCGUGCAGAUACGGAUGCACUCACAAACAUAUACAUACAUAAAUAUGUUUGUAUGGGCUUAUAGUAUACGUAUAUACGUAUACUUCUGGCGUCAAGGCCACUACUGAGAGUGCCGACUGCCGAGCCGUUGAACGCCCACGUCACGGCCGCUGUGGAAGAUAAGUCGCACUCUCGCAAGUUCAUAUACCUGCUUAACACAUACAUACGUGCACACGAAAUUGGCGUGAUUUGCUUAUAAUAUUUAUAAAUAAAUAUCAACUCAACAUUUGAAUGCAUGUAUAGGUAAGUUGACAGAAGACGCGAUAAUUUGGGAAAGUGUCAGUACUGUACAGGUGACAAAGGUAGACUUACCUACUAAUCCAGAAUCUCGACAUCUGCAACAGUAGCAGAACUGCUAGCCACAGAACGACAGGCUGAAAGUAUUAACACCAGCUGUGGACCUGGCGAAGGGUGGUGGCCGUGUGGCACUGGUGGGUCCAGUGGCUGGGGUCGUGGUGGUGAGCCAGCUCGUUGGGCCUGGCUCAAUGCAGCCUCGCGUGCCCGUUGCCGGAGUCAAGCGCCGCUGGGGUGGCCGUCCUUCCUCUGGGGCACCAGGCUCCCUCCAACUGCAGGACUCCAGCACUGAGGUCACGAGCAGUGGGGUGCUCUCACUCUCACUCCAACAGCCACCACCACCACCACCAUCGCACUAUGAAACGGCGGCAUCCGAGAGUGCUGCGGACACCCCAACACCUGAGGCAGCUGAUCAAACUUCUCAGCUCUGGAAUCUUGACCUUCCCAUGCGCACCUCAUCGUGCACUGCCAGUAGCUCAUCGGUAGUGCACAUUAGCACUAGUAGUAAUAGCAUCAAUAGUAGCACUAAUAACAGCCAGCAGCGGUCGAACCUAAAGAUGGUGGCUUCCAUUAACACAACUAGUGGGCUACUAAUGCCAUCACUUACUCAUCAAGAGACUAGCAGCCUUUCAUCUGUUGCAUGUCCCAGCGGCAUCAUUGAAGGUACUGAUCCGAUAUUCUCCAUAUAA